GCAGGCUUAAGUGAUUUGUCCUGUGUGCUGCUGGGUACUGUGAAGGAAACUCAGGCAAGUUCUGAAAGUGCGACAUGAUGAGGAUAUUGUCACUUCCCACAGAGAACGCAGUGACGUACUAUGAUGUCCUGGUGAGCUUUACUCAGGAAGAAUGGGCUUUGCUGGAUCCUUCCCAGAAGAGUCUCUACAAAGAUGUGAUGCUCGAAACCUAUAGGAACCUCACUGCCAUAGGCUAUAACUGGGAAGAAGAUAAUAUUGAAGAAGAUUGUGAAAAUUCUGGAAGACCCACUAGGCAUCUUCAAAGGGAUGGACCAAGUAAUACUGGAGAGAAACCCUUUGAAUGUAUUCAAUAUGAUGGAGCCUUUGCAAGAAACCAUCAUCAGUUACAUAAGGACACUGGAUCUUUCAUGUCUUAUACUGAUCGUCAAAUACAUAGAAGACCACACACUGAAGAAAAAGUCUAUGAUGGUAACCAAUGUGGUAAAACCUUUUCAUGUCACAACCAUUUUGAAAUCCGUAAAGGAACAUAUACUGGAGAAAAACCCUAUGAAUGUAAUCAAUGUGGGAAAGCCUUUGCACGCCACAGCAAUCUUCUAGACCAUAAAAGAAUACAUACUGGAGAGAAACCCUAUAAAUGUAAGCAAUGUGGCAAAGACUUUACCCAUCACAGUACUCUUCAUAUCCAUAAAAGAAUACAUACUAGAGAGAAAACCUAUAAAUGUAACCAGUGUAUGACCAUUGCUCAUCUUCAAUGUCAUAAAAUAACACAUACUGGAGAGAAACCCUAUGCAUGUAAAAAAUGUGGCAAAACCUUUGCAUAUCACAAAACUCUUCAAAUCCAUGAAAGAACACAUACUGGAGAAAAACUCUAUCAAUGUAACCAAUGUGCCAAAGCCUUUCCAUAUCACAGAACUCUUCAAAUCCAUGAAAGAACACAUACUGGAGAGAAACCAUAUGAAUGUAAUCAAUGUGGCAAAGCCUUUGCAUGUCUUAGAAAUCUUCAAAAUCAUAAAACAACACAUACUGGAGAGAAACCCUAUGAAUGUAACCAGUGUGGCAGAGCCUUUAGACAAUAUGUUUAUCUUCAGUGUCAUGAAAGAAUACAUACUGGAGAGAAACCCUUUGAAUGUAAUCAAUGUGGCAAAGCCUUUGCACGUCACAGCACUCUUCAAAGACAUAAAAGAACACAUACUGGAGAGAAACCCUAUGAAUGUAAUCAAUGUGGCAAAGCCUUUGCAUGUCCCAGAUACCUUCAAAUCCAUAAAAGAACACAUACUGGAGAGAAACCCUAUGAAUGUAAUCAAUGUGGCAAAGCCUUUGCAUGUCACAGAUACCUUCAAAUCCAUAAAAGAACACAUACUGGAGAGAGACCUUAUGAAUGUAAUCAGUGUGGCAAGGCCUUUACAUGUCGCAGUAAUCUUCAAAUCCAUAAAAGAACACAUACUGGAGAGAGACCUUAUGAAUGUAAUCAGUGUGGCAAGGCCUUUACAUGUCGCAGUAAUCUUCAAAUCCAUAAAAGAACACAUACUGGAGAGAAACCCUAUGAAUGUAACCAGUGUGGCAAAGCCUUUACACAAUUUUUUCCUCUUAAACGUCAUGAAAUAACACAUACCAAAGAGAAACCCUAUGAAUGUAACCAGUGUGGCAAAGCCUUUACACGCCACAGUACUCUUCAAAUCCAUAAAAGAACACAUACUGGAGAAAAACCCGUAUGAAUGUAAUCAAUGUGGCAAAGCCUUUGCAGGUCACAGUACUCUUCAAAAUCAUAAAAGAAUACAUACUGGAGAGAAGCCCUAUGAAUUUAACCAGUGUAGCAAAGCUUUUACACAAUUUGUUCAUCUUCAGUGUCAUCAAAGGUUACAUACUGGAGAGAAACCCUAUGAAUGUAACAAUGUGGGAAAGCCUUUGCAUGUCACAGUACUCCAUGAAUUCAUAAAAGAACACAUACUGGAGAGAUACCCUAUGAAUGUAACCAGUGUGGCAAAGCCUUUACACAAUUUUUUCAUCUUAAACGUCAUGAAAUAACACAUACCAAAGAGAAACCCUAUGAAUGUAAACAAUGUGGCAAAGCCUUUACACGCCACAGUACUCUUCAAAUCCAUAAAAGAACACAUACUGGAGAAAAACCCGUAUGAAUGUAAUCAAUGUGGCAAAGCCUUUGCAGGUCACAGUACUCUUCAAAAUCAUAAAAGAAUACAUACUGGAGAGAAACCCUAUGAAUUUAACCAGUGUAGCAAAGCUUUUACACAAUUUGUUCAUCUUCAGUGUCAUCAAAGGUUACAUACUGGAGAGAAACCCUAUGAAUGUAAACAAUGUGUCAAAGCCUUUACAUGUCACAGUACUCUUCAAAUCCGUAAAAGAACACGUACUGGAGAAAAACCCUGUGUAUGUAAACAAUGUGGCAAAGCCUUUGCAUGUCACAGUACUCCAUGAAUUCAUAAAAGAACACAUACUGGAGAGAUACCCUAUGAAUGUAACCAGUGUGGUAAAACCUUUGCACGACACAGUCAGCUUCAAACACAUAAAAGAAUACAUAUUGAAGAAAAACCCGGAUAAUGCAGUGAAUGUGAUAAAGGCUUUGUUAUUGUAGUCUGAAAAGGAAUUUUAAAAACAAAUUCUUGUGAAAACCCUAUAAAUGUAAUCAAUCUAAUAAAGCCAUUUGUUAGCAGUCACCUUCUAA